GUCAAGCAGAGAGACGCAGGACGAGAUCGAGUAGCAGCAACCUGCAUAAUUUCUCCGGUCCAGUCAAAACUUCAGCCCUCAAUCCUUUCUACCCUCUCUGCUCACCCACCUUAACCCCUACCCACCUACCCACCUACCUCACACAUACCUCCAUACCCUACCGGCAACAUAUAUCAUACAUUCUCCUGAUUUUCCUCCCUGUCCUCAUACAACCUUACGUCGUUGUCUCCACCCCAGACAGUUUUUAUCGCUUUCGAUAUCUCUUCUUGUCACUCCAAGUGUUGCCCGCCGCCCCUGUGUGCUCAAGAGGCUCGCCGCUGUGUCAGCAACUACAGAACCACACCUCUUUUUUUUUCUUCCUCUUUUCUUUUCCCUUUGCUGGUAACCGCCUGCAACCUGGGUCUGGUUGUUCCCUUCUCAAAUCGCACGCUUCCCGUCCGUCGUAAUCCUGCAGCAUUUCCCUCCUCCGCUGUACAGUACCCCUACAAACACGAAAUCGGUACAGUACCCGCCAUCUUUCUUUCUAGAACGGGCGCCCAACUUUUUCUAGCGACAGUCCCGUACCGCUAGCUUGGUGGUGUCUUUUCCCGAACCAUUUCCCUGCUAGCCAAUUCGUUGCCUAGCACACAUUCCCUUUCCCUGAACCAUUUUCUACCCCCUUCCCACCACUACAGUGCACCCCUGUUGCCCCUCCCCCUCCUCUACAUUUACAGCUCCACCCCCCCCCUCCAUCUUCGCUCCCAUACACACCACACACACUACAUCCUCUCUGGUCUUACUUUCGGGGACAGAAAAUAAUAAGUUCAACAACUCGGACACACGCACCCCCUUCCUCAUCCCUCUUGUAGACUCAUCCUUUCCCCUUCCCUCGACAUCUUCGUAGUCCUGAACCUCCCGACUUCGCUGAUCUGCACUUUGUCACCUGUUUGGAAAGCUAUCCUGUCGUCAGUCACCUGGCGAGCUAUUAAAGUCGGCCUACAUCCCAAUUCCACUGCUUCUCUUGACAACGCACGAAGACGCACGAAUCCACUCCCACCACUUCAACGUCUUCCUCUUCGUGGUUCUCGCAGUCCCCGAAAUUGGUUACCAUUCUACCUAGCAUUGGAUAUCGGAUCCUAUUGUUCAACGUGUGCCCAGGUUUCAGUCACCAAGACAACAGUUGAAGAAAAGAAAGCUAAGAUUAAAAGCGGUACCGCAUCGAACUAGAGGUUGUUUCUCGGUUCCUGAAAGUUGUACGGGUACCGUCAGAAGUUGGCAAGUGGACACAAGAGACCUCUUGCAUCGACAUAUUGCCCCUUGGGGUAUCAAAUAUUAAAGUCGGAAAACGUGGCUCACUAUGCCAGUCACAAUGCCCUUUUCUAGUCCGUCCGCAUUCAAGAAGAAUACUGCGACAGAUUUAAGGGUCGACAUCCCGCACAUUGCCAACGGCAUGCAGGCUUACAAUUCAAAUUCCUCGCAUAACGGAAUGGGUAGCGGAAAUGCUCCCUAUCACCACCACCCGGACGCAUAUAACAUGCCCGGUCACCAGCAGUUCCACCAACAAGGUGGCUUCAAUGAGCCAAAUUAUAAUGCUGGCGACGGCAGCAUCGACCCGUCUGACUUGACCAUGUCUCCCUCGAUGCCAAUACAGCAGAAUGGGGGUUUUAUGGAGACAUAUCCUAACUAUUCGUCCGGCAAUAAUAAUGUGGGUUAUAUGGGUAGUGGUGGGGCCGUCGAUGAUGAAGACCUGCUUGCCCUUGGCAACCUGGACGAGCGUCACCAUGUCCAAAAUAACGGACAGUUUGGAAUAGACCACCACCAGGAGCAAAGGCAUGGGCAUGGCGAUGACUACUCCUCCCUGCAGCAUUUCUUUCCCGACAUGGAUGGGGGUGGGGAUAGAAGCGCAACCGGGGAAAACGGUGCAUCGACUGGUGCCACAAAUGUUGACCCGGCAUAUUCUCACACACCUGAUAACAACCCUUCGACUGAAUCCCCCUUUAUUCAUUCAUUCCCCCCUCAACAGUUCCGGCAAUUGCAGCAUCCUUACAACGGAGCAACUGCUGAUACACCCUCUUCAUACAACGCCUCUCCGGUUAUCGGGUCAGAUUCAACACAAGGGACCAACUUUGACCAGUAUAUGGCCCCUGGAAAGCGAAAGAGUCGGCCAGUUUUGGAAGGAAACGGCUCCCGUAAAAGCCCCAACUCGCGAUCUCCACAUACCCCCAAGACCCCGGGUAUUGGCUCUCUCUCGCUUGGCGGUGAAUCCUCGAGCGUCCCUGCCCAACCCAUCCAGACCUCCCAUAUGGCUUCCCACCGCCAUCACAAAUCCCUCUCGAACCAGUGGGACGGGACACCGGGCUCGCAAAUCUCUUAUAUUGACUCGCCCCUCUCCUCUCCAGGAGCCUCCCAUGUUCAUCCUCAAAUCUCGGACGUUUUUAAAUCGGGGAAGCACGCUUCGCUGCCAGCGAAAGUUGAGAACCAGGUCGGCGCAGGACCUGCUUUCCAAACUCAGGAGGCAAAGAGACGUCGUCGACGAGAGAGCCACAAUAUGGUUGAGCGUAGGCGCCGUGAUAACAUAAACGAGCGUAUCCAAGAGCUCUCCCAUCUAGUUCCUCAGCACCGACUUGAAGAUGAGAAGGUCCGAAAGCAUCUGGUGAACAAUGGCUCUUUGUCGCCUUCGGUCGGCCCGAGUGGGAGCCCCCCUCGUGCCACCUCUAUGUUAGCUGGGGGUGUUGGUCGAAGGGCAAGCGGUGUCCCUACUUCUGCCGGAAUUACUGGUGAGGAGAAGGACAAGGGCCCUAACAAGGGCGAUAUUCUCAAUGGCGCUGUCGGCUGGACACGGGACCUAAUGUGGGCUCUUCAUGCAAAGCUUGAACAAGAGAAGGAGCUACGGGAACUCGUUACCAGACUAGGCGGAGCGUACCCAUUCGAGCAGACUGAGGACGAUAAGCGUAUGUCGUCUGAAUUAUACACCGCCAUUGAAAAGAAUGGUGUCCAAAGCUUUCACUACUCCCGAGCGCCCGGGUCCACAUUGAGGGUGCCUGGAUACACUGACUACGCAGGCAAUGCGGUGGGUCCUGGAGGGAAUGUUCUUUCCCCACGUGUCAGUCCAUCGCGCUCGGGUGGAAAACCUUCUCAGAAUGGAGGAUCCUCUCGGGGAACACCCCAGCAACAGUCACAGUUUUGGGGCCAGAAUGGCGAUGGCAUGGCGUUCAAAGAGGAGGAUGAAUAUAACUCUAUGGACAUGUCAUAACCUUUUGUGAAGACGAUAGUACCUGUACAACUUCCCCUUUAUGGGCGACACUGCCGGUCAUUCUAGAACAUCCCGGCUGUACACGUUAUAAAACUUCCUGGAGCAUAUAGUCUUGGGCGAGCGUACGGUUAGUAUUAUGUCUUUUUUUCCAUUUUCCAUUUUUUUCUUUUCGCUAUUGGAUGUUCGUCAUACCGCCUUCGCAACCCGCGGGAGUAUAUGGAGUCGGAUGGGCUUUUUGUAAGUUCUGUUGUAUUAGGAGGAUUCCCUAUUUUUGUGCGUCCUUGUUACGCGAUACCAGCUCUCUCUUUCCAUUUUAGUUUCUUCAAUGUCCCGCUUGCGACGAGAUUACGAUGAAUAGUUGCAGCAUGUUACACGAAGAAUCUUCUCCCAGUUCCCCCCCCCUAUUUAAGCUAUCCUACUCUUUCAUAUACUUAAUACGUUUCUCGUGUAUAAAUAGGGUAGGAUAUCAUAUGGUUCCUCCUACUUGUUUUUCAUUCUUCUAUGCCUUUCUUUUAUGUGAGUUUACCGGAUUUUAUUUAUUUCCCUCAUUUUUCUUGGGGGGGUUUAUACGGAUCCUGUAACGGCUUUCUUGGUUUCCCAUGCUUUUCACUAGUUCUUUUCUUUCCUCGUUCCGUUUUGCUUUUUUGGCUUGCAUGAAGAUUUUGUUAUUUUCCAUUUCUCUCUUCCAUUCCAUAUUCCCUUCGUAUCAUUUCCUACAUACUUUUCCCUAUCUGUUUACUUUUACUUUUCGUUUUCAUUUAUUUCCCCUCAUUUCUUUCUCUCUCCCUUUCCUCCCUUUCCUUUCUUCCAUCAACGGUGUAACGAGGGCUUUAUUCAUAAGUUAAUCUCAAAUAUUUCUCUAUCUAUUCCUAGCUGGCUUUUUUUUUGAUUACCAACCUUUCGUUCCCCAGGGCGGCAUCUUACCCAGUCGUCUUUUAACUAUUUUUUCUUCUUUUUUCUUUUUCUUUGCGCUAUUCAUUCCAAGGUUAGCUGGCUUGCGGACCCCGUACCUACCUACUUCACUUAAAUUUCGGAAGCUAAAUCCGUCUUAAACCUUCUCA